GUGCAGCGCCUGAGUCGACCUGUGGAGUCGACCUGUGCCAACAAAUAGCGCAUGGUAGUUAAUGACUACCUCCAGGACGUUGAGUGCCCGUUCCCGUACGCGGGAGGGGAAUUGAGGCAUCGUGUCUCAUUCUUGGUGAGCGAUGAUCUCCCCAUGGACAUCUUGUUAGGUAUGUACUACCUCUCGGUUGCACAACCCCAGUUUGACUGGGACCGAAAAGUGGUCAAACACACUUUGCCAGGUGGAGGGACCGCCAAAUUGCACAAGUUCAAAGCUAGUAGUGUGAUCGAGUCCCAUGGACGCAUGUGUGCGGCCGCGUUCUAUAAUUAUUACAAGCAAAAUCAGGAGGAGGGUAUGUAUCUAGUUUAUGUCUCUGCUGCAGGCGAGCCGGUGAAAAUGCCGCCGAAGAUAGAGGGAGUAGUUGCUAAGUACCCUGUUGUAUUUGAAGAGUCAGCAGGGGUUGUUGAGAGGGAGGUCGUCCACGCGAUAGAGAUUAUCCCAAGGUCUAGCAUCCCGAAGGGUAGGAUCUAUCGGAUGUCUCCAGGAGAGCUCGAUGAGCUUCGCCGACAGCUCAAGGAACUCAUAGAGAAGGGUUGGAUCCGGCCGAGUGUCUCUCCUUAUGGAUCUCAAGUACUAUUCGUACCUAAGAAGAAGGAGGGUACUUCUAGGAUGUGCAUUGACUAUAGGGGCCUCAAUGCCAUCACUGUAAAGAACAGAGAGCCCCUACAACGCAUCGACGAUUUGUUAGAUAGAGUGCAAGGGUGUCGGUACUUCAGUAAGAUAGAUCUGAAGUCCGGGUACCAUCAGAUUCCAAUCCGGCCCGAGGAUCAACACAAAACUGCUUUCCAGACCAGGUACGGUCUGUACGAGUUUGUGGUGAUGCCUUUCGGCCUUUGCAAUGCUCCUGGCACCUUUCAGCACGCUAUGAAUCGGAUAUUCCAUGACUACUUGGAUAAGUUUGUCAUCGUGUACCUCAAUGACAUACUUUUAUUUAGUAGGACUGUCGAGGAGCACGUUGCACAUUUGGACAAAGUCCUUAGCCUCCUGCGACAGCACAAGUUCAAGAUCAACGGUGAGAAAUGCGAGUUUGGCCGCACCCGUGUCUUGUACUUGGGUCAUGAGAUAUCCGCGGAAGGGUUGAAGCCCGAUGACGCGAAGGUGGCCUGCAUUCGUGAUUGGCCAUGUCCUCAGUCUGUGAUUGAGAUGAGAUCAUUCUUAGGGAUGACCGGCUACUACCGCAACUUCGUGGAGAACUAUAGCAUAGUUGCCGCCCCUUUGACUGAUCUGACCCGCCUUGACACCUCAUGGGAGUGGACUGAGAGACGCGAGGCUGCUUUUAGACAUCUGAAGCAUGCGUUGACGCAUUACGAAGUCUUAAAACUUCCUGAUCCUGACAAGCCCUUUAUAGUGACUACGGAUGCUAGCCAAUAUGGCAUAGGCGUGGUGCUUGCACAACAGGAGGGGAAAAAGUUGAGGCCCGUAGAGUACAUGUCCAAAAAGAUGCCCUCUCAGAAGUUGGCAAAGUCCACCUAUGAGAAGGAGCUGUAUGCGGUGUACAAGGCUCUAACCCAUUGGAGACACUAUCUCCUUGGGAGGUUCUUCAUCCUCAAGACUGAUCAUCAGACCCUCAGAUGGAUGAGAACUCAGCCGGUACUCUCUGACGCUCUUAAGCGUUGGAUCGAAGUCAUAGAGUAGUAUUACUUCGAGCCCCAGUACAUC